CGCCUUCUUAUCUAAAACCCCCACUCUACAGUCUGCGCUUGCACUCUCCCUCUCUCUCUCUCUCUCAGAGAUGAUUUCACUUCUCUCAACCAAAUCCUCUUUUUCUAUCUAUCCAAACAGCCCCUCUUUACAUUUUCGCUCCCAAACCAAAGCUCAAAGCAUCAAUUUUUUUCCCUGCAAAAUCCGAUUAAAAAUAACAUGCACAGCCACAAACCAACCACCAACACCAUCAAAACAACAAAAGCACUCCAAUAAGAGCAAGAAAAGUGAAACUGAAGGCGAGAAAGGAAUUGACCCCGUCGGGUUCCUCACCAGACUCGGCAUUUCCCAUAAACAAUUCGCUCAGUUUCUCCGUGAAAGACAUAAAGCGUUGAAGGACCUCAAAGAAGAACUUUUCAACCGAAACCUUAUGAUCAAGGACAUUGCUUAUGGGUUUGAGUUGAUGGGUCUGCAUCGUCAUCCAGAGCAUCGGAUGGAUCAUAUGGAAUGGGCACCAGGUGCUCGCUAUUGUGCUCUAGUUGGUGACUUUAAUGGGUGGUCACCAACAGAAAAUUUUGCAAGAGAGGGUCACUUAGGCCAUGAUGACUAUGGUUAUUGGUUUAUCAUUCUUGAAGAUAAACUAAGGGAGGGAGAAAAACCAGAUGAGCUUUAUUUCCAACAGUAUAACUAUGUGGAUGACUAUGAUAAAGGUGACAGCGGUGUUAGCAUUGAAGAAAUCUUCAACAAAGCAAAUGAUGAAUACUGGGAACCUGGUGAAGAUGAGUAUAUUAAAAACCGGUUUAAAGUUCCAGCAAAGUUGUAUGAGCAAUGGUUUGGCCCUAAUGGACCUGAAACGAUAGAAGAAUUGGAUGCAAUACCACUACCAGAUGCAGAAACGAGAUAUAAAGCCUGGAAAGAGCAGCAUAAAGAUGAUCCACCUAGUAACUUACCUCCGUGUGAUGUGAUUGAUAAAGGAAAAGAAUAUGACAUAUUUAAUGUCAUAAGUGAUCCUGCAUGGCUAGAGAAAAUCCGUGCUAAGCAGCCUCCCCUGCCUUAUUGGUUUGAGACACGGAAAGGAAGGCAAGCAUGGUUGAAAAAGUAUACUCCUACUAUUCCUCAUGAAAGCAAAUAUAGGGUCUACUUUAACACUCCCAAUGGGCCACUGGAACGUGUGCCUGCUUGGGCUACUUAUGUACAACCAGGCACAGAUGGGAAACAACCUUUUGCCAUCCACUGGGAACCACCCCCAGAUCGUGCUUACAAAUGGAAAAACACUCACCCAAAAGUGCCAAAGUCAUUGCGUAUAUAUGAGUGCCAUGUUGGAAUUAGUGGCUCAGAGCCAAAAAUAUCUUCAUUCAAUGAUUUCACAGAGAAGGUCCUUCCACAUGUGAAGGAAGCGGGAUACAAUGCAAUCCAGCUGAUUGGAGUUGUUGAGCACAAAGAUUAUUUUACUGUUGGUUAUAGGGUUACCAAUUUGUAUGCUGUUAGCAGCCGAUAUGGCACUCCUGAUGACUUCAAACGCUUGGUUGAUGAAGCACAUGGAUUAGAAUUACUAGUGUUCUUGGACAUUGUCCAUUCCUACUCAGCUGCUGAUGAGAUGGUUGGACUCUCACUUUUCGAUGGGUCAAAUGAUUGCUACUUUCACACUGGUAAACGUGGGUAUCACAAAUAUUGGGGUACAAGGAUGUUCAAGUAUGGGGACCAUGAAGUACUGCAUUAUCUACUCUCAAAUCUUAACUGGUGGGUUGUGGAGUAUCAAAUAGACGGUUUCCAAUUUCAUUCACUCUCAUCAAUGCUGUACACACACAAUGGUUUUGCUUCUUUUACUGGCGACUUGGAAGAGUACUGCAAUCAAUAUGUUGACAAAGAUGCAUUAUUGUAUCUCAUAUUGGCAAAUGAGCUAUUACAUACUCUUCAUCCUAAUAUAAUAACGAUUGCUGAAGAUGCAACAUUUUAUCCUGGACUCUGCGAACCAACUUCACAAGGGGGAUUGGGAUUUGAUUAUUAUGUCAAUAUUUCUGCAUCAGAGAUGUGGUCCUCUUUUCUCAAGGAUGUUCCAUAUGAUGAGUGGAGCAUGACCAAGAUUGUCAGUACAUUAAUGGGCAACAAACAAUAUGCAGGAAAGAUGCUUUUAUAUGCUGAAAAUCACAACCAAUCUAUCUCUGGAGGGCAGUCAUUUGCAGAGAUAAUGUUUGGUGAAUAUAAGAACCGUUCUCCUGAAUCUCCUGCCUCUAAGGAAUCACUGCUUAUGGGAUGUGCCCUACACAAAAUGAUCAGAAUGAUUACCUUUACAAUUGGUGGUGAUGCUUACCUCAAUUUCAUGGGCAAUGAAUUUGGGCAUCCGAACAGGGUAGAGUUCCCAAUGCCUAGCAACAACUUCUCAUAUUCGCUUGCUAAACGUAGUUGGGAUCUGCUGGCAAAUGAAGACGUGCAUCGCAAUUUGUUCUCCUUUGAUAAGGAUCUGAUGAAUUUGGAUGAAAAUCAAAGGGUGCUUUCUCGGGGUUUGCCAAGCAUUCACCAUGUGAAUGAUACUUCCAUGGUAAUAUCUUACACAAGAGGUCCUCUUCUCUUUGUAUUCAAUUUUCAUCCAACCAAUGCAUAUGAAAGAUACAGUGUAGGUGUAGAAGAAGCAGGAGAGUAUCAAAUCAUACUAAACACUGAUGAGAAGAAGUAUGGAGGUCACGGGCUUAUAAAGGUUGAUCAGUAUCUUCAAAGAACCAUUAACAAAAGAGUUGAUGGCCUCCGAAACUGCUUGGAAGUGUCCCUGCCUUGUAGGACUGCCCAGGUUUACAAAUUGACACGCAUAUUACGAAUAUGAGCCAUUUUCAUCAUUUUGGUUUCUGAAGAAACUUGCAGGCUAGAAUUUCAAAAGAUCAAAACUAAUACUUCUAGGCAAAUGUUUUGUUUUGGAGGCAAGUUGCAUGGUCUGUGAACAAAAUAGAUAUGAGAUGGGAAGAAGCAUCCGCCAACUCUCCAUAGUCUUAUGACUACCUUUGCAAGUGCAGGAUAGUUAUACGAUCUAGGCAGCUUUAAUUUCUACAUUUUUAUGCGCUGCAUUCAAACUAGAACCCCAUAUUUAGCUUGGGGUUUUACUAAGUACAGACUGCACAAUCCCAAGUUCCCAACCCUCUAUAGUUGUGUAUCCCUUGUACUUCACAUGAUGAAACCCACAUAUAAGAACUCUCUUUUCAUCUCUGUAUAAUAAUAAAUAAAAUCUUUGCGGAUUUCAGCA